AUGCAGACAUGGCGACGAGGCUUUGCCACGUCGGUCGCCAGACUCAACCAUAGCUCAAUUACAAGAUCUCGUCCAUCUAUUCUACGGUGCGCGCAGAUCCUCCAGGCCAGCAGAAAGGAUGGUCCUUGCAGUUUGGAAGAGCAAGAGAUCAAGGUGAAUGGCUUCAUUCGCUCGGUCCGGAAACAGAAGCGGUUUGCUUUUGCGGAAAUCUCUGAUGGCUCCACUGUAGAGCCCUUGCAAGCAAUUUUGAAGCCAGCGCAGGCUUCCGAUCUGUCCACAGGAACUGCCGUGCAGGUAUCGGGGAUAUGGAAAGCUUGUCCGCCGGGAAAAGAGCAGAGCCACGAGCUCCAAACGACCGACGUGACCGUUGUCGGCGCAUCGGACUCAGAGACGUUUCCGAUUCAGAAGAAAUACCAUAGUCCCGAUUUCCUGCGUCAGAUCCCCCAUCUCCGCAUCCGCACACCCUUCAACUCGCUUCUCUCGCGGUUCCGGUCCGAGUGCCUAUUCCAGCUGGGCAUCGUCUUUCACUCGCUCCCUGAUGGCGCAUUUACGCAGGUGCAGCCCCCGAUUAUCACAUCUUCCGAUUGUGAAGGGGCUGGCGAAACGUUCACCUUGGUACCACGCGGCGACGCGGCUGGAUCCAGUGCCGACACCGAGCAUUUCUUCCGGGCGCCCAAAUAUCUUACUGUAUCGUCGCAGCUUCACCUCGAAGCGUAUGCGGCUGAGCUAGGAAAUGUGUGGACCCUGGCACCCGUGUUUCGCGCAGAGAAGAGCGACACUCCCCGCCAUCUCAGCGAGUUCUACAUGCUCGAGGCCGAGGUCAAUUUCAUGUCUGACCUCGACGCCCUCACGGGUUUAGUGGAACACAUGCUGCGCGACCUGACGCGUCGAUUGUACCAUACUACUGUUGGGCAGGAGAUCUUGUCUGCAAAGCGGUCCGGAGAGUCCGGGAAAGAGGACGGUGUAGAAGAGUCAGGCCUCUCUCUGCAGCAGAGGUGGUCUGACCUGAUGGAUGGGCCCAAAUGGCACCGGGUUACCUACACCCAAGCAGUGGAAAUGCUCCAGCGAGCAGUCGCCGAGGAUGGCGCCUCCUUCGAGCACGCUCCCACCUGGACCGGGGGGCUACAGCUCGAGCACGAAAAGUACAUCGUGGAGGUACUACACCAGGGCCGCCCAGUCUUUGUGACAGACUACCCGAAAUUCAUCAAGCCGUUCUACAUGGCCCCGUCUGGCAGCUCCGGCACUACAGAAGGCAGUGAUAAAUUCGGCGAGACAGUGGCCUGCUUCGACCUGCUUCUCCCAGAGAUCAGCGAAGUCGCGGGCGGCUCCCUGCGCGAGCACCGUCUGCCCGAGAUUAUCCAAAACAUGCGCGACCACGGCCUGAUCAAGCCCCGCGUGCUCUCUGACUCCGAGGCUGCAGCCCCGAGUGAGCCCUUAUACCCCCAUCUCUCCCCGACAGAGGAUCUCAGCCAUCUGCAGUGGUACGCAGACCUGCGACGCUGGGGCUCGGCACCGCACGGCGGCUUUGGGCUUGGGUUCGACCGGUUUCUGGGGUACUUGGCCGGCGUAUCGAGUGUGCGAGAUGUGGUUUCGUUCCCGAGAUAUUUCGGUCGGGCGGACUGCUAA